AUGAGCUGUAACUGGUUCAUUACAGUACCAGAAGGGAACAUUGUAAAACUCAGCUUCGAGCUAUUCGAUAUGGAGUCUGUGGCUGCAGGUUUUCCUUUAUGGCGUUGCUAUGGUGAUUAUGUAGAGGUACUAGACGUGUACGGAAGUGGAAGAAAGUUCUGUGGUGAGUCAAAUCCAGGGAUAAUCCGCUCGAGAAGUCGGUACAUGUGGGUGCGAUUCAGAUCAGAUUCCUCCUCCUCCUCGCAUCGAUAUCAUAAAGGGUUUAAGGCUAAUUUCACUGCAGAGAAUAAACUCAGUAAGUCAAUUAGUGUGCCACUAUGGAAAUUAAGCCAUUGUGGAUGAAGGAGGCCCUUUUUUUUUGUUUAGUCAACAUAAGUUAUCUCCUCUCUUGAGUCAAGAACUUUUCUUCUUCAAAGCACUUUUUUUUUUUUUCUUAAACGAGGUCCAUUUCUUGAGAGAAAGUUCCUUGCAUUUGCCCUAUUUUCAUGCUGAUGGUAGGGUGGUUUUCCUCCUCUCUAGAGAGAUUUCACCACCUCAGCAUAAGUCAUCAUCAGAGCCAAGUAAAGAAUUAUUGUCUGUUGAAUUUCAUAAGUCUGGUUCUUGUGUUAUGAUUGGUCAAUUUUGCCGUGAUCUUAUUGGCUGUGAGACUCAAAUGACGUAAGGUUGAUGUGAUUGGUCAGUUUGUUCUGUUGGUAAUAUUUGGUCGUGCUAUUAAUUUUAUUUGUGGUGUAGUCGUUGAAAUUUGGCAUGGGAUUCUGUUCCAAUGGAGUGAACCAGCUUUCCAGAAACUUUCAUCUAUAGCGUUACAGCAUUGCACUCUGAAACGUUAGUCAGUACUAUGAACAAUGGUCCUUCUCAGGACUUUUCUCACAUUGUUACUCCUGGGUGCAAACCAUUCGUUGUAUUUGUACUUUUUAGUUUGUCCUCGCUACGGUGAAGCACUUGCUGCUUCUAUAUCAGAUAAGAAGACACUGACGAGUCCAGGCUAUCCUCUCUUGCCUCCUGCCAGUUUGUUUUCAUGGUGGUGCAAAUGGAUACUCAAAGUACCGGAUGACCUUUCCACUGGUGGAGCAUAUGUUUUGAAAGUUACAUUUAAUCACUUCAAUCUGCAAAAAAGUUAUGAUAGACUCACUUUUUAUGAUGGUAUCGAUUCAUCAUACAAGCGUCUUGGAAAAUCAUAUACCGGAACGGUCCAUCCUGAUGUGAUUUAUUCCACAGGACGCCACAUGUUUGCUGAUUUUUCUGUGGAAGAGAAAUACUUAUUGGAAGCAGGCAGUUUUAGUUUAAACUUUUCAGCCGUGGUCAGAGGUAACGUUAUUUGGGCAUUCUUGGGUUUACUCUGAAACUCAGUUGGCCUAAGGGGCUUAGGGAGGGGGGGAGGGUGAGGAAAUGGGAUCGUUUAAGUUUUUCUUGCGUAAGUUUGCGGAGUUUGUCUUUCCGUGGUUUGACUAUUGAAGCCUUACAGGUGUUGAAAAUGUACUGCAAGGCGUAGGGGAAAGUCUGAUGGCAUUAUUUACAACACCAUGAUCUGUGGAAAGAGUCACUUUCCUAUGUCUCACAUAUUUUGGUGAAGAAGACAAACGUACUAUAGAAGCACUCAGCUCUUUAUCAAUUGUUUCCCGGCGGGGUGGGGGGGGGAGGGGAACGAAUAAAUUAUACCGGAAUAACGAUGUGUGAAGUUGGUAAAUAUUGACAAGGAUUGCAAAUGAAUGUCUGAAUCGAGCUGCAACGUUCUUAUUGAUGCAUUCAUUUGCAGAGGAAGCCUUUGGAGCAUGCCAAUCGUCAGAAGGGAAUGCCGAACAUAUUCGCUUCACUGGUUCCUCUGGUACCCUCUUCUCCCCAUUCUAUCCUACUCCUUAUCCGAGAAAAGUCACUUGUAUUUGGGUGAUUUCCGUUCCUGCUAACAAAAGAGUGAAGCUAACAUUUGAUAAAUUUAAUCUUGAUCGGGAGGACAACGUGCGAAUACUUGAUGGGCAAAAGUCGGGGAGUGAAGAGGUAGCUGUUUACUACGGAUACAACUUGUUUAGUAGGGAGUCAGCGGUGUACUCGACUGGGGGGUACAUGCGGAUAAAGUUUCAAUCCAGUCAGGACUCUUGGAAUCAUACUGGAUUUAAAGCACGUUUUGAGGCUGUGGAACCGCGUAAGUACAUUAUGAUUUUAUUUAUCAACAGACCAAUGAUUUUUAAAGCGUAAAGCUUGUUCGUUACCUUGGUCAAUGUUUUUGAUUUGUCGUGAAAAAGCGGGAGCAAGUUGGGAUUUAUCGCCGAUCCUCGCUUUCCUGGUGCUUAGGUGCGCCUUCCACAUCAACUGUGGGGUUAAAUAGGUAAUUUCAGAGAUGGUUAUCAUUGGAAAAUUAAAGGGGAAAAGGCUUGAAGUACCACUGAUUAUGACAUCUCCAAGAGUUUUUGUUCCUAAUGACACUUUUGCUCGAAUUGCAAAUUGGGACGGUAAGGUGUUAUGAAUAGUGACUAAAAAAAUAAGUUUCUAGAAAUUUCUAGAAUGCCUAGUCACGCUGACAUGCAUACACGAACUUUCCACUGUCAUACCAUGGAACUUUCGAGAAAAAUAUAUUAGAUUAUGAAGUUAUGGUGGAAGACUUCUAAAACAGUUGUUUUGUAAGCUUUGGAAAUGUCCUGGAAUGCUUUGUAAAUGUAUCUAAGGACUCAGUCGUUUAAUAUUAGUAGUUGUUCUUGUUGGGAGUACCCGUCUGGAAAGCUAUACCGAGAGAGAUAGAGGGAGAGAGAGAUGCGGUGGAAGAUUGUUCAUUUCAAAAAGAUUUGGAGGCAGUGAGUGUGUGUCAGUGGUAAACUAAGAUAUAGUCCAUAAUGGGCUCAAGUAAGUUUUUUAGAAGAUAACUAUUGUAAUACCCACAUGGUAUUACAAUAGUAAGAUCCAUUACACGUUGUUUAAUAAAGUAGCUGAGUUUGUAGGAGUAUAGAAUCUUCUUUCGGUUAAAUUAUAUCGUAGGAAAAAAAAACAUUUAAGCUUGGUUGUCUCGAAGUUUUCCUCUGUAACUGAAUUUAGUCGAAGGCCCUGGACCAAGACUGUUUCCAGAGCAUCUUUGUAUUCCUCUUUUCACUUUGAAUUUAUCAAAUAUGUGGUGAAUAACUUGAAUCUCUGAGGACGCUGUACCACUUCAUCAAAAAAUUAUGUUUCGUUAUCACCUUCGGUGUUGCCAGUCGGGCCCUAGUAUUCAUAUAAGUAUUUUAAAGCUCAAAAGGGUUUAAACUCUGUAGAGAGCCUGCCAAAGACUUCCCUGAAAAAUGGUAGGUUAAUUUGGGUGAUGCAUCUUUCUUCCCAGCCGGAAGUUCCGAGCAGAGAUGUUUUCCGGGCAACAUUUACAACAAUAACCUGACAUUAUCUGGUUACAGUGGAACUCUUCAAAGCCCAGAGGGAGGAGAAGGGUAUCUCUCUCACUCCAGCUGUAAUUGGCUCAUAGCUGUACCAGAAGGGUACUUUGUGAAACUUAGCUUUGACACCUUUCAAAUGGUUCAAGAUGGCAUCUCGGGAGGAUGUGAUGCAGAUUAUGUAGAAGUUGUCGAUGGGAAGUACAUCGAUGGUGAGAGCGAAGGAAAAUGUGCGGUUUUGGUACCCCUGAUGACAUCUCCUCUACCGGUCGUAACAUGA